GAUAUUCACUUCAAGCAUCUGUUUUCGGUAUUUCGUUUUCGAAGGGACAAACAAAAUUGGAAAAAUUCUCGCGAUGGACCAGUACCCUGGUAGAGUUCAAUCCGUAUUCGGAGAUUAUCACACAUCGACCAUGAUCGAUCAUGGAUUCCCAAACCGAACGAUUAAAACGAGUUAUCCAUCCGCUACCGAUACAGCGGACCAGGAAUCAUUCACUCUCAAGCAAAAUGAAAAUCUUCGAAUUUGUCAAGCUUUAUUAUUAUCCACUUGUAUGCUGUUGAUGAGCUACCAUAGCGUACGUUACGGUAGAACCGAGUAUAGUAUAUUGGCAAAUGGUAAAAUUACUCAAGGAUACGCGCACAAAGCUGUGGUCACGUUGAGCUUAGGGUAUUCGAUUUCUUAUUCCGUGAUUUCUUUCCUGGCAAUCGGCAUGCUUGCCUAUUCCAUUGUAACGAAACGUCCACGCUGGAGCAUUCCAUCGAUAAUACUCUAUCUGAUUGAUCUGGUGUACGAUGUAAGCGGUGCUUUCAUUGUAAUUUGGCUACUUUUCUCGAAUCUCCCUACCUCAAUGGCCUUCUCUUACGCGUUCGGAACGAUACUCUUGAUACUCGGAGAAGUUUGGAUAUGGAUGGGUGUCCUUCGUCUUUACGAACAGAGAACGUUCAAAUAAAAGAAAAUUCAUAGAUAUCGAAGAUCAAGACAAGUGUAAAUUUGAUACAGCGUAUUUGUAUUUUGUAUUUUGUAAACUACACGUGUACAGUUUAUUAAUAAAGUAUUGUCACG